AUGUCUUUAGUUCAAACAGCACUCGAAGCCCACCUGGAGGACCUGCAGUGUCACUUCACGUGGAACCUGAACACCAGCAGAUCCAAACUGUUCCUGCUCAAGGACAAGGUAGAAGACAUCGGCUCUGUGGAGGGAUACAGCUGGCUGGGACACAUUUACAACCUGAAGGGUUACAUACACUCCCAGCUGGGCUUCACACAAGAUGCUCUGCGUUACUUCUGCAAGGCUGCAGAGGCUUUACGUCAGAUGAGAAACACAGUCUCAGAAGAAGGUCCCUGGCUGGUAAUAAACUACGGGAACCUGGCUUGGCUUCACUACCACAUGGGAGAACAGGCACAAAGUCAAACGUACUUGAAAAAGGUUUAUACUCUUCUGAAUGAAUAUCCGUCUGCAUGCCAGGAGGAACUCCACCCAGAAAUCUGUGCUGAAAAGGCCUGGACUCUGAUGACCUUUGGAAAAGACCAUAUCCUUCUAGCAGUGGAAUACUUCCAGAGAGCCAUCAGGAUGCAGCCAGACAUGGUGGAGUGGCACUCCAGUCAUGUCGUGGCAUUAGCGAGUACUUCCAAGCUUUAUAAAACCCGCCUACAAGCCAGCAUUUUUGAGAAAAUGGAGAUCGCCGUGAAACAUGAUCCAGACAACCUGUACCUCGCAGCACUUUACCUUGCAGCCUGUGCUGCUAAAGGACAAAAAAUUGAAAGUGAGGCAUGCCAACUGGCAAAGAAGGUUUUGAGAAAGCCUGCCAGCAGCUACAGCGGCAUCAAACCGCUACUUAAGCUGUACAGACUCUAUCUAUCAAUGCAUGAAGCUCUUGAUUUGGCGGAGGAAGCUGUCGAAAGACAUCCGGGUGAACGUUAUCUGAAGAGAUGUGCCGCAAUCUGCUAUAAAAAGAGAAUACUUUUCCACAGGGACAUUCCACCAGAACAAAACAUGAUCGACAGGGCCAUCAGCCUGCACCGGGAAGUGAUUUCUCUUUAUCCUCAAUCUUCACUAAAAAGAAAAAUAACUCUUGCAAACAUUUACGCAAAGUCGGCUCGCGGCCAAGCUAAAGCCGACCAGAUAUUUGAGGAACUACUGGAGGGUAAACAAGAACCUGCAGACAGACAGAUGCUGUACAUCUGCUAUGCUAAAUAUCUACACUUCACAAAGAAGCAGAGCUAUAAGUCCAUAGAAUAUUACAUGAAGACAGCAGCUAUACAGUAUCCGUCUGUCCAUCGGGGAAGAAGCAUUCAGAUUCUGCAGAAAAUUAAGGCAAGGAAUAGAAACAGAAUGUGUAGAGAAAUAGAUGAGUUUUUGGCCAACCUACAAGACUGA